CGUGCAGUUCCCGGGUUUUGAGCUCUCUCUCUCCCGCUUCUGCCGCGACUUCCAGGGCAAGCCAUGGCCGAAGCGGAGGCCGAGGAGAGCGGCGAAGAGGGAGACGUGUUCCGGGAACCCCCGACUCCAGCUCCAGGCCAGACCGCGGGCUGUGUCCCACCGGCUGGAAGUCUGAUAGCUACCCCAGCCCUGUGGGAGGAAGCCGAGCCGCCGCAGCCCGCCCCAUUCUCUCCCGCGGCUCCCCUCGCUCCCGAGGACCUCCAGCGGGUUCUGGAGCAAGUGAGGAAAGCGCCGCCUCCGCCGCCGCCACCCCGGCCCCCCGGGGCUGCGGGUCCUGGGCCGCGCGGGAGCUGUGGCUUCGGCGUCGUGCACGAUGCGGCUCGGCGUCUGCAGGACGCGGCCCAGCAGGUGGCCCAGCACUGGGGUCCCGACCCCCCGCCGCCGCCGCCUCGGCUCCUGCAGCCCAAGGAACUAGAAGCCAUUCGUGUCAAGGUAAAAUCCAGAGAAAGACCAAUGCCACCUCUUGCAGCAAUCCGGCCCAAAACAAUAACUUUGAGCCAGCCAUUCAAUGGGAAUACAAAUUUGUUAGGAUUAAGUGUUGUUAAUCCUUCGAUUAUCCAGAUACAGCCUCUUAUGAGAACUGAACAACAGGACUUGGCAAAUACUUCAUCUCCACCUCCUCUUCAGCUUCUUGUGCAGAGACCACUGCCUCCUCUUGGACCAGUUUCUGUGGAGAAGUUUAUGGCACACAAAAUGCUGAAUGGACAAAGGGCCACACUGGUUCCUGUGUCUGCCUCUAACACUUCAACAAUUACAUCAUCAGCAAUGUCCAAUUCAGCAGAUUUACUUAUUUCCACCCCUGAAAGUGAGUGCACCGGGAAACUCAAAAAAUCUUUAAAAGUGAAAACCCGCUCAGGGCGAAUUUCACGGCCACCAAAAUAUAAAGCUAAAGAUUACAAGUUCAUCAAAACUGAGGAUUUAGCAGAUGGGCACCAGUCAGAUUCUGAUGACUAUUCAGAACUUAAUGUGGAAGAGGAAGAUGACAAGAGGGGGAAAGAUACAUUAUUUAAUUCUUCAAAUGGUUACCUGAAGCCUAAAACUUUUAAGUGUCAGACUUGUGAAAAGUCAUAUAUAGGACAAGGAGGACUAGCACGACAUUAUAAGCUUAAUCCAGGUCAUGGACAGCUGGAACCUAAAACAUUGAUAUCUGAUAAACCUGAUGGAAGCAGAGAAGCAGAUAGCACUGGGAAUAUAAUGGCUCCUGAACCAUCAACCCCAACUGCUUUAAAUAGUAAAAGUACAGUAGCUCCACCCAUUGCAGAGCCUGAUUCAGCAUGGAAUGGGCAACAGAACUGUGAUUCUGAAGAAGUUGGGAGAUUGUUGGAGUCAGAAGAAAAAAGUGGAAUUUACUUGGCACGUUGGGGAUCCAGGAGGACCAGAGGAUCAAAAAGAAGUAGAAAGCUAAGGGCAUCUGUAAAGUCAAGUUGUAUGGGCAAACACAGCAAUUCAGUUCAACCUACUUCAUGCACAGGUGAAGCAGCAGCAGAACAAAAUGUAGUGGGGAAUAAAGCAAGGCUCAAAGAGUUGCUCCAGCAGUGUGACCAUGAAGAUUUAAUGGAACUGGCUCUACCACGUCUAAGCAAGCUUGUAACUGUCUAUGAAUUUCUUCUCAUGAAGGUUGAAAAGAAUCACCAAGCAAAGCCUUUUUUCCCAGAUGUAUACAAGGAAUUUGAAGAGUUGCAUAAGAUGGUUAAGAAAAUGUGUCAAGAUUACUUCAGUAGCUCUGUUCUGAGUUCUCAGCAGCCCCUGGAAAUAAAAAAUAAUGAGGUUGCUGAGUCACUGGGAAUUACAGAAGAGCUUCUACACAAGAAAGAACUAGAAAAGAAUGGUAUUUUGUCCCAGUAUAUACCCAGUGCAGUUGAAGUGGAGCUAGGUGAAAUUACUGGACAGAAAAGAGAAAAUGAGAUACUUGAAGACGUGCCGGUGCCACUCAAAAGAACCAGGAUAGAAAGUGGAUCAAAGAACAUGAAUGAUAAUUAUGCUAGUCACAGUGGACUCAAGGAGAAAACUAUACCUUUGUGUAACCAAGUUAACACUGAAGGUAUCAACCUCCAGCUUAACAGCACUACCUCUCAGUCUUCAGAAGAAACUUACGAUGUGGCAGUUGUUGAUGUUGGGAGUCAAGUGUUACGUGCUGGCCAGUCACCUAAAGCAUUUGCUGAUGUAGAAGGCAAGAAUGAGCCUGAAGAUUCUGUCAUCCUGUACCAGGCUGUUAAAGGAAUGCAAACUUGUUCCCGGUUAGAAAAUCCAGGUAGCCUGCUUCCAGAACAAACAGAGUUGCUCCCUGAAUAUGUUCAUAAUCACCCCCCUGACCAGAAUACUUCUGAAAAAUUUACCAUUUCUGAUUUCUGUUGUACCAUGUUAUCUGAUAAAGAUUCCCCAUGGUCUGGGCAGGAGAUCCAAAACAGAAGAAAGAAUGAGGAUUCUAAAUCACAUCAGGAAGUUUUUAAUCCAGUUAAUGAGAUUCAUGAAGUAACAUCACAGCCUGAAAAGAUUUUUUCAACAGACAUGCCCAUAGACAAUUCAUGCCGGACUUCUUCAAAAUCACAGCAUCACCCUUCACUAGAAGCAUCUGUGUCCACUGAGGGCAUUCUUGAAAAUCUUACUGAAAAUUUGGACCAGUUCCCUGAGUCAUUACAGGAUGGCCAAAGGGAACAGGAGAGUGCAGUUGAUGUAAGUGAAACUCUGGCCUUUGAAAUUACUGAUGAGAGCCAGGAAUUGUCUCAGGGGAAUGAACAGAUUUUUAUUCAAACUUCAGAUGGCCUUAUCCUGUCUCAUCCAGGUACAGUUGUAUCUGAGGCCAAUGACAUUGUUAUAGUUACGGAUGCCAAUGGUACUGCAGUGCACAUCAGUACACCGGAUGGACUUCCAUUAGAAACACUGGAAGCAUUACUGGUGCUAGAAAGAGACAGCCAGAAUGAGAGCAUUAUGAACUCAUAAUUAAAUAGUAUCAAAACCAUAGUUUUACAUUUAUAUAUAAGAUGGUCUAUUUCAACAAAUGUUUAUUUUUCUAAUGUGAAUACUGAAACAGGUAGACCUUUUAACUUAUUUAUAAAGAAUUUUCUUGUUUCUACAAUGAAAUGUACUUUUAAAAAUAUAUCAUCUUGUAUGAACUUAAAAUACCUAAACAUGACCAAAAACCAUUUUGGUUUUUUAA